AUCCCCGAACAUUCGUAUUAUUGUUAUACAUAUAUCCAUACUUAGAUACGUGCGACGUGCCUACUCGGAAUUUUAUUUUGCUUUUUGUAUCACACACACACAUACACAUAUUAUAUGAAAGUCUACACUAUUUCACUCAGAGUUUGUGUUGGUCAAUAUUUUAUUAUUAAAAACAAACGGAUUUACGGUGUCCCCCUCCCCUGUGGUUGACGUCGACGACCGUAUAGAAUAUUAUUACAAUAUAUACAUAACGUUGUAAAUGUAACGUACACAAUCUAUCAGCUAUCUAUUAUUUUUAAGUAACACACACACACACAUACAUAUUAUAAUAUUAAAUAUAAUAUAUGCACAUUUAUACUUAUAUCUAUUAUAUAAUGUCAUAUUAUUAUAAUAGAUAUAUACACAAACACACAUAUAGUAUAUUACGUUAAUCGUUUUGUUUUCCGGAGCGAGUCGAACGAAAAUUAAUAAUAUUAUUAUUGUUAUUAUCAUCACGGUCACCUAUAUUCGAAGAGUGCGCGCUUUUACCGUUCCAUCGGAUCUCUGUGCAAAAUUCAAGUCCAAUGAACUGAUAGCGACGUUUCGCGGUCCUAUCGACUGUGGUGUGUUGGUCGUUGCGUCGCGAUUCGCGUUGAUAAUGUGGUCGUCGCGGUCGUUGUCAUCGUCGUUGGUGCGGUCCACGUCGUCGUUGGUUUUUACGUUGGAUUCUCUGCAGGGCGGCCCAACUGAGUCGACCAUAAUAAUAUAGCCCUCACCCCUACGAUUCGUUGGCCGCCGUUGCUGCUACUGCUCCUGUUCCGAUGUCGCUGGCAUAGUGUCCUGUAUCACGACAUAAAGAUGGGAAAUCCUACACGUUUUAUGGUUUCAUGGGACGAUCACUCUACACAUUUAGUGGCACGUCUUGGAUAUCUUUUGGAACGCCAACAGUUGGUCGAUGUCACUUUGAUGUGUAAUACACACAGCCUCAAAGUUCAUAGAUCGGUUCUUGCAGCUUGCAGUCCAUAUUUUGAGCGUGAACUGGGCAACCAUCCAAUGAUUGUAUUAAAAGAUAUGAAAUUUAGUGUGCUCAAGUCUUUGAUAGAGUUUAUGUAUUGUGGCGAAACAAAUGUUACUGAAGACAAUUUACAAGCUCUUGUAGAAGCAGCUAAAUUUUUCGAGGUGAAAGGAUUGUCCUCAUUAGCUCACGAAAGCUUACAGGAUUCCAAAUCUAUAAAACCUCCAUCUCUUUUAGGCAGCACGACAACACAAACAAGGAUUUGUCAAGUUUCGACAACACCACCUACGCCAAAGGUCACAGAAAAUGGAAACUUUUCUUCACCAGUCUCUGUAAUAGCUCGCCUUGGACAAAACAAUACUACUAAUGAAAGACGACCAUGUGCUGGAAGAGGUCGACCUAAAGCGCACCUCCAAAGUCCAUGUUGUGAACCAUUGGUAAACAAGCCGGCUCCGAUCACUCCACCACAGACCGAAUCUGCCCAAAUUCUAUUGUCUUUAGCUGGCUCUAAUCAAACAUACAUAUCACCUACAAAACACAAAACCAGUGAUAACAAUAUUAUAGCCGCUGUUAAUAAUCCAGAAUUCCCUAUUACCAAUGGCUUGGAUAAUGGAAACCAAAAAAUAAAUGAGGAAUUAGAACAGCGAUAUAAACGCAGUAGAAAAAGACCUGCAGAUUCACUGGAUGAUAAUCGCUAUGAUGUAAAAAAGCCUAUGAUUGUAAACGACAUUAAAACAGAUGAAGAUGUCAACCGUUCACCAUUACUAGCCAGUUUGCUUACAAAAAAUGAUAAGCCUAUUGAUAAUAAACCUAAAGUACAAAAACCUCAAGAAUCCCAAACUCAAAAUUCCGAAAGGUAUAUAAAUGCGUUAAAAGGAGCAGGUCUUCCUACAGAUAUUCCAAUACUGAUAGAGAAUGGUGAUGGCAACUAUAUCACAUUGACAGAGAAUGUGUAUGACAUAUUAGCUAAAGAAGAUGCAUUACAUUUUCAACUUACAGACAGUAUGAAUCUUGUAAACCUUAAACCACCCGAUGAAGUGAGUAAUGUGCAAGAACAGCAGUGCAAUACUUUACCAGAAACAAGCUUAGAAGACCCAAUAUUAAAAAAUAUUAAAAGUCAUUCUCCACCAGAUAACCCAGAUGACGUUAUUUUGUAUAAAGUAGCUGAUGAUGGAAACAUUGAGAAAUAUGUUUUGACUACAGAAGAUAUAAAAGCAUUUAAAGAUUCAAUGAUUACCACUCCUGACAAGAAAAAAGAUUCGCCCAGAUUGAGUGUGUCUGAAAUCAAUGUACCACUUGAAAAUAAUAAGUCUUCUCCUUUAAUAACAAAAAUUUUAGAUUGUGGAAAUGAAAAGUUAUCAGAAGCUUUAUUAGAACGAUUACCACUUAGAAAAAGAGGCACAUUUAAAUUAAAUAAUUCUGGUUCUGAUACAGAAAUAUUAACACCUGUAAAUACUGUUAGUAAUCAAUCAAGUAGUAAUGCAGAUACCGAUGUUGAGUAUGUAGUAGUCGGCGAAGAAAGCGUACAAAUGGAUUUGAUGAGUAGUAGUAGUAGUAAAAACGUCAAUAUGAAAAAUGAAGACCUUAAGAUGGAAAAUGUUGCUGAAGAAGAAAUGAGUGUAUUAGAAGCAAUGAUGAAUAACACUAUAGAAUUUUCAUCUGCGGAUGGGGAUUAUCAAAUGCAUGCUAGUGAAGAAGUUUUCUCAAAUGAUCAAAAUGAUAAUGAGAAAAUGAUUCUAUCAAAUGUGCUUAUGUGUACAGGUGCAGAAAAUUCCAAUUCCCAUGCUAGCCUAGAUCACUUUGGGUUUAAGUCUGACGAAGCAGAACACCGCCAGAAUGAUAGUAAUCGACAAAAAAAAACCAAAAUGUAUGUAGACCUGGAUCUGACGGGGAGCGAUUUCAUUUCGGAACCAGUCACAGAAGAAGUAGUGCUUGCUAGUGAACUGCAUCCAGGCUCCUGAAUUUAUUUAUUUAAGGCUGUCUCCUUGUUAUACUCUGAACAUAAAAUCCGUGUAAAUUCUGUAAAAAUUGGGCUGUGCAAUGAGACAUUUUAAAGGUUGCAUUUUGUCAUGGAACUUGUUAGUAAACUACAAAUUUGUUGCACGCCUCUGUAAAUAUUUUACAUAUUAUAUAUAUUUUAAAUAUAUAUUGUAUGUAUAAUUUUUUUCCUUUCUUGUAGUACUGACUUUUCUAUACCUAGGACCUAGCGUAUUGUUUUGUUUUAGUAUAACAAAAAAAACACAAAUUUAUGCAUUAUAAUUUUUUUCAAUUUUGGUGAUGUUUAAAAUAAAAAUGUGUGGACGAAUAAAAUCAAAUUACUUGGAUCGUUUAAACUAAAAAUAGUGUAUACACUAUAAUAAUAUUGUAAUAGGAAAUAAAAAAUGAAAAUCAGCCUUAUUGUGUCAAAUGUAUAAUAAUAUAAUUGUUGUUUGCCGUAGUGCUCACCUGGUUUGACAUUUUCUCUCUGUGCCAUUUGUUAAACUGUCAGUUAUGAAAGUUUACAGAUUUCAGCUUUAUAAAAUGACAAACAAAAUCAAAAACAAACUAAAGAUCACAUUUAGCUUUAUUAUGCAUAAUCAUAUUUAGAAAACCUUGUUUCAAUUUUGAAUGCAUUUUAAUUUUUGUUUCUAACCAUGAUUUUUUUUUGUAAAUAUAAUACAAUCAAUAGUUAAUAUAAUAUUAUUAUUGACUUAAUUUUUUUGACUAUCCAAAUAAUUUAUUUUAAUUAAACUAUGUUGAAUUGUUAAACUAGUAUUUUUCCAUAAUCUAUUAUUUCCGUUUUUUUUUUUUUUAAAUAUUUAAUUUCUCAAGUACCUAACAUCAUACAGCAUGCUGUAACAAAUGGUCUAACGUUUAGGUCGAUUUCAAAUAUAAUGUUUGCUUAACGUAAAAAUAUGUAAAAUCACUAUUUGUAUAGAGUGGUAAAUCUCGAUUGCAUAUAUUUUUUUCUCUUUUUAAUUAUUUUAAAUUAUCUCUAAGUUGUAUUGUUAACUUGUAAUUGUAUUAUUUUAAUAAUGUGAAAAUUUGAGAAAAUUUACUAGCCUAAAAUGGCAUUUUACCGUGUGCACAUAACCAAAGAAUAUUCGAAAACUAUGACAAUAUUGUACGUAAAAUAUAGAGUGUGAGUAAAAUACCAUUUAAACAAGCUAGAAGUUAAUUAAGGUCAUUGUAAAUUUUAUUGUUGUUUAUUGUUUUUUAAAUUUGUUCGAUAGUUUUUUAGUUCCCUUUUUUGUACAUAUUCGGAAAUCAAUAAAUUAAUUUGUUUAUCGAUUAAUAA